UUAAUCUGAUACUAUAAAAACUACAGGCCUUGUGAACAGCAGUGUGUCUUCUUCAAGGCUACAAAUUAAAUCAGUUUCUUUACAUUUAUCAAAACUCUCCCCAAAUGUUCUCAAGGGAGGUUGUAUUAUGAUGUCAUAUGUUCUUCACAUUCUACUGAAUGUAUAUUCCAUAGAACCUCCUCCUGACACAAUAUCCUCUAUCUGACAUAGAGCCCAAUGCUGGUUAUCACAAACAAUGACAAUAAUCAUUUGGUCAGAGAUAGGACAAUAACAAAACAACAUUAUUUAUGAAGUUAACCAGAUCUGAUUGGUGCCCACAGUCCCUACAUGAGGGAGGCUUGAGUGACAGGAGAAUUCUGAUUGGUCCUGUUCUUUCUGUAUAUAGUGAUGUCAUCUACCACACAGAACUCACCUCUCUGUUUUACACCAUAGACUCAGUAUCACGGUAUUUACAACAUGAGACCCAGGAGGACAAGCUGAAGAGGGAGGCAUCAGCUGGUCAGCUUGAGUUGAAGAUGUUUAAAGAGAUGAUGAAACAACUAGAGGAGAAAGACACACAACUGGAUGAUAUUACCCAGGAAGUGAAAGAGAAAGACACACAACUGGAUGAUAUGACCCAGGAAGUGAGAGAGAAAGAGAGACUCCUGGAGGAGAAGAACCAGAUAAUGGAACAGAGGGAGAAACUAUUAGAAGAGAAAGAAAACCAACUGGAAGAGAAAGACAAGCAACUAAAGGAAAGAGACAUUCAACUAGAGGCUCUGAGAAAGAACCUGCAGGACAAGAACAGCCAAGUAGAGAACUUCAGAGUCCUACUGCAGGAAAAAGACCUUCAACUAGAGGACAGAAACCACAAGGACAGACUACUGGAAGAGAGAGACAGACGACUGGAAGAGAAAGAGGACCAACUAAAGGAAAAAGACCUUCAACUAGAGGACAGUAACCACAGACUGGGAGAGAAGGACACACUACUGGAAGAGAAAGACAAACAACUAAAGGAAAAAGACCUUCAACUAGAGGACAGAAACCACAGACUUGGAGAGAAGGACAGACUACUGGAAGAGAGAGACAAACAACAAAAGGAAAAAGACCUUCAACUAGAGGACAGAAACCACAGACUGGGAGAGAAGGACAGACUACUGGAAGAGAGAGACAAACUACUGGAGGGAAAAGAAAAUGAACUAAAAGAGAGGAGACAGGAAGUAGAAGAGAAGAGACAGGAAGUAGAAGAGAGGAGACAGGAAGUAGAAGAGAAAGACAACCUACUAGAGGAGAGAGAGAACCAGUUAAAGGAGAAAGACAAACAUGUGGAGGAUGUCAACAAUGAAAAUGCUGAACUGGCUCAACAGAUAUGUGAUGUGAAGACUGAGGUAGAGAGACUGAGAAGAGAGAUCUCAGCCCAGAUGACUGAACAUGGAGAGAUGGCAGAUACAGGUUCCAUACUCCCAGUCAGGAGGAGAGACAGCCUGGACCAUCCUCCACUUAUGGGAGGAGAGACCUCAGAUACAGACCCUACACUUCCACUGAGGAGGAGAAACAGCAUGGAGUUAAAUCCUCCAGAUAUGGGAGGAGAGAGCAGCACUCCAGACUCCCCAGUGUCUCCCAAAUAACAGAACUGGAGGGACAGGUGAAAGAAGAGGAGUACUGGGGGAUGAAAUACAAACACCUUUGUCUGACAUACCAAAAUGUGGAGUGUUUUCCCAUUGAAAGAUGUCGCCCAGAUGUCCUUUGGGUGGUGGACCAUUCUUGAAACACACAGGAAUCCCAACAGCGUUGCAGUUCUUUACACAAGCCAGUGCUCCAUGCACCUGUUACCAGACCCCAUUCUAAGACAUUUAUAUACUGCAUCUUGCCCAUUCACCCUUUGAAUGGCACACAUCCACAAUCCAUGUCUCAACAUCCUUAUUUAACCUUCCUCCUCCCCUUCAUCUACACUGAUUGAAGUGGAUUUAACAAGUGACAUCAAUAAGGGGUCAUAGCUUUCACCUGGAUUCACCUGGUCAGUCUGUCAUGGAAAGAUCAAGUGUCCUUAAUGUUUUGUACACACAGUGUAUAACCUAAUACUACGUGGAGUGUGUUUCAAUCAUCAUCAGUGUAUGUCUACAGUGACUUGAUGAGUAAUACAUUAGAUUAUUGUUCUGCUGCUGUUGAGACAACUGGUUUGUGUUAGAGAGGAGACCAGAGAGAGAUACCUGGUUUGUGUUAGAGAGGAGACUAGUUAGAGAACUGUUUUGUGUAGGGGUUAGAGAGGAGACUAGUUAGAGAGACAACUGUUUUGUGUAGGGGUUAGAGAGGAGACUAGUUACAGAGACAACUGUUAUGUGUAGGGGUUAGAGAGGAGACUAGUUAGAGAGACAACUGUUUUGUGUAGGGGUUAGAGAGGAGACUAGUUACAGAGACAACUGUUUUGUGUAGGGGUUAGAGAGGAGACUAGUUAGAGAACUGUUUUGUGUAGGGGUUAGAGAGGAGACAAAAUAGAGACAACUGUUUUGUGUUAGAGAGGAGACUAGUUAGAGAGACAACUGUUUUGUGUAGGGGUUAGAGAGGAGACUAGUUAGAAAGACAACUGUUUUGUGUUAGAGAGGAGACUAGUUAGAGAGACAACUGUUUUGUGUAGGGGUUAGAGAGGAGACUAGUUAGAAAGACAACUGUUUUGUGUUAGAGAGGAGACUAGUUAGAGAGACAACUGUUUUGUGUAGGGGUUAGAGAGGAGACUCGUUAGAGAGACAACUGUUUUGUGUAGGGGUUAGAGAGGAGACUAGUUAGAAAGACAACUGUUUUGUGUUAGAGAGGAGACUAGUUAGAGAGACAACUGUUUUGUGUAGGGGUUAGAGAGGAGACUAGUUAGAGAGACAACUGUUUUGUGUAGGGGUUAGAGAGGAGACUAGUUACAGAGACAACUGUUAUGUGUAGGGGUUAGAGAGGAGACUAGUUAGAGAACUGUUUUGUGUAGGAGUUAGAGAGGAGACAAGAUAGAGACAACUGUUUUGUGUAGCGGUUAGAGAGGAGACUAGUUAGAGAACUGUUUUGUGUAGGGGUUAGAGAGGAGACUCGUUACAGAGACAACUGUUAUGUGUAGGGGUUAGAGAGGAGACAAGAUAGAGACAACUGUUUUGUGUAGCGGUUAGAGAGGAGACUUGUUAGAGAACUGUUUUGUGUAGGGGUUAGAGAGGAGACUCGUUACAGAGACAACUGUUAUGUGUAGGGGUUAGAGAGGAGACUAGUUACAGAGACAACUGUUAUGUGUAGGGGUUAGAGAGGAGACUAGUUAGAAAACUGUUUUGUGUAGGGGUUAGAGAGGAGACAAGAUAGAGACAACUGUUUUGUGUUAGAGAGGAGACUAGUUAGAGAGACAACUGUUUUGUGUAGGGGUUAGAGAGGAGACUAGAUAGAGACAACUGUUUUGUGUAGGGGUUAGAGAGGAGACUAAUUAGAGAGACAACUGUUUUGUGUAGGGGUUAGAGAGGAGACUAGUUAGAGAGACAACUGUUUUGUGUAGGGGUUAGAGAGGAGACUAGUUAGAGAGACAACUGUUUUGUGUAGGGGUUAGAGAGGAGACUAGUUAGAGAGACAACUGUUACGUGUAGGGGUUAGAGAGGAGACUAGAUAGAGACAACUGUUUUGUGUAGGGGUUAGAGAGGAGACUAAUUAGAGAGACAACUGUUUUGUGUAGGGGUUAGAGAGGAGACUAGUUAGAGAGACAACUGUUUUGUGUAGGGGUUAGAGAGGAGACUAGUUAGAGAGACAACUGUUUUGUGUAGGGGUUAGAGAGGAGACUAGUUACAGAGACAACUGUUAUGUGUAGGGGUUAGAGAGGAGACUAGUUAGAGAGACAACUGUUUUGUGUAGGGGUUAGAGAGGAGACUAGUUACAGAGACAACUGUUAUGUGUAGGGGUUAGAGAGGAGACUAGUUAGAGAACUGUUUUGUGUAGGGGUUAGAGAGGAGACUAGAUAGAGACAACUGUUUUGUGUUAGAGAGGAGACUAGUUAGAGAGACAACUGUUUUGUGUAGGGGUUAGAGAGGAGACUAGUUAGAAAGACAACUGUUUUGUGUUAGAGAGGAGACUAGUUAGAGAGACAACUGUUUUGUGUAGGGGUUAGAGAGGAGACUCGUUAGAGAGACAAAUGUUUUGUGUAGGGGUUAGAGAGGAGACUAGUUAGAAAGACAACUGUUUUGUGUUAGAGAGGAGACUAGUUAGAGAGACAACUGUUUUGUGUAGGGGUUAGAGAGGAGACAAGAUAGAGACAACUGUUUUGUGUAGCGGUUAGAGAGGAGACUAGUUAGAGAACUGUUUUGUGUAGGGGUUAGAGAGGAGACUCGUUACAGAGACAACUGUUAUGUGUAGGGGUUAGAGAGGAGACUAGUUAGAGAACUGUUUUGUGUAGGGGUUAGAGAGGAGACAAGAUAGAGAACUGUUUUGUGUUAGAGAGGAGACUAAUUAGAGAGACAACUGUUUUGUGUAGGGGUUAGAGAGGAGACUAGUUAGAGAGACAACUGUUUUGUGUAGGGGUUAGAGAGGAGACUAGUUAGAGAGACAACUGUUUUGUGUAGGGGUUAGAGAGGAGACUAGAUAGAGACAACUGUUUUGUGUAGGGGUUAGAGAGGAGACUAGUUAGAGAGACAACUGUUACGUGUAGGGGUUAGAGAGGAGACUAGAUAGAGACAACUGUUUUGUGUAGGGGUUAGAGAGGAGACUAGUUAGAGAGACAACUGUUUUGUGUAGGAGUUAGAGAGGAGACUAGUUAGAGAGACAACUGUUUUGUGUAGGGGUUAGAGAGGAGACUAGAUAGAGACAACUGUUUUGUGUAGGGGUUAGAGAGGAGACUAGUUAGAGAGACAACUGUUAUGUGUAGGGGUUAGAGAGGAGACUAGUUAGAGAGACAACUGUUUUGUGUAGGGGUUAGAGAGGAGACUAGAUAGAGAGACAACUGUUAUGUGUAGGGGUUAGAGAGGAGACUAGUUAGAGAGACAACUGUUUUGUGUAGGGGUUAGAGAGGAGACUAGAUAGAGACAACUGUUUUGUGUAGGGGUUAGAGAGGAGACUAGAUAGAGACAACUGUUUUGUGUAGGGGUUAGAGAGGAGACUAGUUAGAGAGACAACUGUUUUGUGUAGGGGUUAGAGAGGAGACUAGUUAGAGAGACAACUGUUUUGUGUAGGGGUUAGAGAGGAGACUAGAUAGAGACAACUGUUUUGUGUAGGGGUUAGAGAGGAGACUCGUUAGAGAGACAACUGUUUUGUGUAGGGGUUAGAGAGGAGACUAGUUACAGAGACAACUGUUAUGUGUAGGGGUUAGAGAGGAGACUAGUUAGAGAACUGUUUUGUGUAGGGGUUAGAGAGGAGACUCGUUACAGAGACAACUGUUAUGUGUAGGGGUUAGAGAGGAGACUAGUUAGAGAACUGUUUUGUGUAGGGGUUAGAGAGGAGACUAGUUACAGAGACAACUGUUAUGUGUAGGGGUUAGAGAGGAGACUAGAUAGAGAGACAACUGUUUUGUGUAGGGGUUAGAGAGGAGACUGGUUACAGAGACAACUGUUAUGUGUAGCGGUUAGAGAGGAGACUAGUUAGAGAACUGUUUUGUGUAGGGGUUAGAGAGGAGACUCGUUACAGAGACAACUGUUAUGUGUAGGGGUUAGAGAGGAGACUAGUUAGAGAACUGUUUUGUGUAGGGGUUAGAGAGGAGACUAGUUACAGAGACAACUGUUAUGUGUAGCGGUUAGAGAGGAGACUAGUUAGAGAACUGUUUUGUGUAGGGGUUAGAGAGGAGACUCGUUACAGAGACAACUGUUAUGUGUAGGGGUUAGAGAGGAGACUAGUUAGAGAACUGUUUUGUGUAGGGGUUAGAGAGGAGACAAGAUAGAGACAACUGUUUUGUGUUAGAGAGGAGACUAAUUAGAGAGACAACUGUUUUGUGUAGGGGUUAGAGAGGAGACUAGUUAGAGAGACAACUGUUUUGUGUAGGGGUUAGAGAGGAGACUAGUUAGAGACAACUGUUUUGUGUAGGGGUUAGAGAGGAGACUAGUUAGAGAGACAACUGUUACGUGUAGGGGUUAGAGAGGAGACUAGAUAGAGACAACUGUUUUGUGUAGGAGUUAGAGAGGAGACUAGUUAGAGAGACAACUGUUUUGUGUAGGGGUUAGAGAGGAGACUAGUUGGAGAGACACCUGUUUUGUGUAGGGGUUAGAGAGGAGACUAGAUAGAGACAACUGUUUUGUGUAGGGGUUAGAGAGGAGACUAGUUAGAGAGACAACUGUUUUGUGUAGGGGUUAGAGAGGAGACGCGUUAGAGAGACAACUGUUUUGUGUAGGGGUUAGAGAGGAGACUAGUUAGAGAGACAACUGUUUUGUGUAGGGGUUAGAGAGGAGACGCGUUAGAGAGACAACUGUUUUGUGUAGGGGUUAGAGAGGAGACUAGUUAGAGACAACUGUUUUGUGUAGGAGUUAGAGAGGAGACUAGUUAGAGAGACAACUGUUUUGUGUAGGGGUUAGAGAGGAGACUAGUUAGAGAGACAACUGUUAUGUGUAGGGGUUAGAGAGGAGACUAGAUAGAGAGACAACUGUUUUGUGUAGGAGUUAGAGAGGAGACGCGUUAGAGAGACAACUGUUUUGCGUAGGGGUUAGAGAGGAGACUAGUUAGAGAGACAACUGUUUUGUGUAGGAGUUAGAGAGGAGACGCGUUAGAGAGACAACUGUUUUGUGUAGGGGUUAGAGAGGAGACUAGUUAGAGAGACAACUGUUUUGUGUAGGGGUUAGAGAGGAGACGCGUUAGAGAGACAACUGUUUUGUGUAGGGGUUAGAGAGGAGACUAGUUAGAGAGACAACUGUUUUGUGUAGGGGUUAGAGAGGAGACGCGUUAGAGAGACAACUGUUUUGUGUAGGGGUUAGAGAGGAGACUAGUUAGAGAGACAACUGUUUUGUGUAGGGGUUAGAGAGGAGACGCGUUAGAGAGACAACUGUUUUGUGUAGGGGUUAGAGAGGAGACUAGUUAGAGACAACUGUUUUGUGUAGGAGUUAGAGAGGAGACUAGUUAGAGAGACAACUGUUUUGUGUAGGGGUUAGAGAGGAGACUAGUUAGAGACAACUGUUUUGUGUAGGAGUUAGAGAGGAGACUAGUUAGAGAGACAACUGUUUUGUGUAGGGGUUAGAGAGGAGACUAGUUGGAGAGACACCUGUUUUGUGUAGGGGUUAGAGAGGAGACUAGAUAGAGACAACUGUUUUGUGUAGGGGUUAGAGAGGAGACUAGAUAGAGACAACUGUUACGUGUAGGGGUUAGAGAGGAGACUAGUUAGAGAGACAACUGUUUUGUGUAGGGGUUAGAGAGGAGACUAGAUAGAGACAACUGUUUUGUGUAGGGGUUAGAGAGGAGACUAGUUAGAGAGACAACUGUUUUGUGUAGGAGUUAGAGAGGAGACUAGUUAGAGAGACAACUGUUUUGUGUAGGGGUUAGAGAGGAGACUAGAUAGAGACAACUGUUUUGUGUAGGGGUUAGAGAGGAGACUAGUUAGAGAGACAACUGUUAUGUGUAGGGGUUAGAGAGGAGACUAGUUAGAGAGACAACUGUUUUGUGUAGGGGUUAGAGAGGAGACUAGAUAGAGACAACUGUUUUAUGUAGGGGUUAGAGAGGAGACUAGAUAGAGACAACUGUUUUGUGUAGGGGUUAGAGAGGAGACUAGAUAGAGACAACUGUUUUGUGUAGGGGUUAGAGAGGAGACUAGUUAGAGAGACAACUGUUUUGUGUAGGAGUUAGAGAGGAGACUAGUUAGAGAGACAACUGUUAUGUGUAGGGGUUAGAGAGGAGACUAGUUAGAGAGACAACUGUUUUGUGUAGGGGUUAGAGAGGAGACUAGAUAGAGACAACUGUUUUGUGUAGGGGUUAGAGAGGAGACUAGUUAGAGAGACAACUGUUAUGUGUAGGGGUUAGAGAGGAGACUAGUUAGAGAGACAACUGUUUUGUGUUAGAGAGGAGACUAGAUAGAGACAACUGUUUUGUGUAGGGGUUAGAGAGGAGACUAGAUAGAGACAACUGUUUUGUGUAGGGGUUAGAGAGGAGACUAGAUAGAGACAACUGUUUUGUGUAGGGGUUAGAGAGGAGACUAGUUAGAGAGACAACUGUUUUGUGUAGGGGUUAGAGAGGAGACUCGUUAGAGAGACAACUGUUUUGUGUAGGGGUUAGAGAGGAGACGCGUUAGAGAGACAACUGUUUUGUGUAGGGGUUAGAGAGGAGACUCGUUAGAGAGACAACUGUUUUGUGUAGGGGUUAGAGAGGAGACUAGAUAGAGACAACUGUUUUGUGUAGGGGUUAGAGAGGAGACUAGUUAGAGACAACUGUUUUGUGUUAGAGAGGAGACUAGUUAGAGAGACACCUGUUUUGUGUAGGGGUUAGAGAGGAGACUCGUUAGAGACAACUGUUUUGUGUAGGGGUUAGAGAGGAGACUAGAUAGAGACAACUGUUUUGUGUAGGGGUUAGAGAGGAGACUCGUUAGAGACAACUGUUUUGUGUAGGGGUUAGAGAGGAGACUCGUUAGAGACAACUGUUUUGUGUAGGGGUUAGAGAGGAGACUAGUUAGAGAGACAACUGUUUUGUGUUGGGGUUAGAGAGGAGAAUAGAUAGACAGCUGUUAUGUGUAGGGGUUACUACUACUACUAUUACUACUACUACUACCAGUACUACUACUACUACUACCAGUACUACGACUACCAGUACUACUACUACUACUACUACUACUACCGGUACUACGACUACCAGUACUACUACUACUACUACUACUACUACUACUACCAGUACUACUACUACUACUACCAGUACUACGACUACCAGUACUACUACUACUACUACCAGUACUACGACUACCAGUACUACUACUACUACUACCAGUACUACGACUACUACUACCAGUACUACUACUACUACUACUACUACUACUACCAGUACUACGACUACCAGUACUACUACUACUACCAGUACUACUACGACUACCAGUACUACGACUACCAGUACUACGACUACCAGUACUACUACUACUACUACUACCAAUACUACGACUACCAGUACUACGACUACUACUACUACUACUACCAGUACUACGACUACCAGUACUACUAAUACUGCUACUGCGAGCUAUGAACCGUAAUAGUGCUCUGGGAUGGAAUGUUUUGUGUUUUGGCUCUAUUUUUUAAAUAUUAAGUAACUGUUAUGUAUUCAGUGCAGUUAACAAUUAUGGGCCGAUAUGUUAGAGCCGAUGUGGACAUAUUUCUAUUAAAGACAGAACAUACAGAACUACAUGUACAUGUGUGUCAAUAUAUGAAAUAUGAAUGUAUAUGAUCAGGUACCUUCAUGAUUUAUAUUGACCUGAUUGAGAUAUAUUCCUUUGUUAUAAGUGUACCUUAGGUUUUAGCUCCUCCUCUUGACCAUUCAUUGUACUGUGGUCAGUGUGUUAGUGACAGGAUAAAGACAGGAAGUUGGGCCUUCGGGGAGGGGAGUCCAAGCUCGACACGGGAGUGGUAUAGUCUUUUAUUAACCAGACAACAAACAAAUAUUAUGUCUUUUUCACGUCAAGUAAUCUGUGCUUUAAGUUGAUCGGAGAAUGUGUUUUUUGUGAGAUAUAAGAAUAAACCCUUUUGUUGCACCAUA